AUGCCUGUCCGAACGUAUUUAAUCAAUCAACUGACGAAUAGUAUAUGUCGUCUGAACGGUAUUGAACCAUCACAUCGUAUGCCACAUAAGGAAGAACUACGGCAAGCAUUUUCUGACAGUAUUCUCUACAGUCCCGAGCAACUUCCACCUAAAGUUGAUCUGCGAUCCUACAUGACACCUGUUGAAGAUCAAUCAAGAAUCGGUAGUUGCACGGCAAAUUCACUUGCAGGCGCUUAUGAAUACUUAAUCAAACGAGUUCAUGGUAUCAAUGUCGAUGUUAGUCGUUUGUUCAUUUAUUACAACGGCCGUGUUAAGAAUACACAUUCGACUGUAGUAACCGAUUCGGGUUGUUCGAUGACAAAUGCGAUCGAAGCAUUGGAAGAAUUGGGUACUUGCCUUGAAUCGAUUUGGCCGUACGACAUCGCACGCGUUAAUGAGCGUCCUAAUGAUACAGCUUUUGAAAAAGGCUCAAAACAUAGAAUACAUCAAGCUCUUCAUGUGAAAAUUGAUUUAAACGAAAUGAAAUCUUGUCUUGCACAAGGCUUUCCAUUUGCAUUCGGCUUACGACUAUAUACAUCGUUUGAUAAGGCAGCUCAGACAGGGCUUGUGCCAACGCCCGAUGAAACCGAACAGAGUCGAAGUGAACACGGCAGGCAUGCGAUGCUAGCUGUUGGUUACAGUGAUCAAUCGAAGGCAUUUAUCGUUAGAAAUUCAUGGGGAGAAAAAUGGGGCGAGAAAGGCUAUUGUUACAUUCCUUAUGAUUAUAUAACGAAUCCUAAAUUAUGUUUUGAUGCGUGGGUCAUUCGACAAUUUGACAAUGAAGAUAUGGGCAACGAGCAUUGGGACUUUUCUGAUACGAUUAACUAUUUAUUUCAUGCAGCACAUCAUUAUUACCAUAGUCAUAGUCAACAGCAUCUUAAAAUUCAAGAAUUCGAAGAGGAACAUGCGCAUAAACUAGAAUAA